AUUUUCUGAGACUUUCGGUUUAACACUCCUAACUUUAAAGACAAGCCCUCUCUCCAAUUCGCCAUUAGAGAGUGGGAGACAUAGCGCGAGCAGAAUACACCUCCAAAACAAUGGCGACGGCACUUCCAUCACAACUAAAAUCUCUGCGCCGCCUCUCUCUCUCAUCUCCGUCGUUAAUCCGGUCACUAUUUACUCUCUCAAAACCUACCGGACCUUUUUUCCGGCCACCGACAACUCCGUCACCGUUUCUGUCACUGCCGAUCAACCAUUGUUCAUUCUCUCUGUUCAUACCGAAGUUCCGCGCUGUGAUCGUCACCGACGCCGGAUGUUAUUGUUCGCUGGUGAGGUUUAUGUCCAGUGUCCCGGAGACAGUGGAGUCGAACGACGGAGGUGUUGUUGAAGAAGACGCUCAGCCUUCUAUUCCUGUUAGGGCUUAUUUUUUCUCCACUAGUGUGGAUUUGAAAAGAUUGGUUGAAGUGAACAAAAAAAACUUCAUCCCACCAACUUCACGUAUGACUAAUUAUGUUGUCUUGAGAUUUGGUGACCUUAAGUCUGAACUGAAAGGUUCAGAUUCUAGUUUAUGCGGAAGAGACUGCUGUUACAUUGUGGUAUUUCAGUAUGGAUCAAUUGUCUUGUUUAAUGUUCCUGAUAAUAAAAUUGAUGGUUAUCUAAACCUCGUGAAAACACAUGCUUCAGGGAUACUGCCUGAAAUGAGAAAGGAUGAGUAUGAGGUGAGAGAGAAACCAACAUUAGAUACAUGGAUGCAAGGUGGGUUAGAUUUCAUAAUGCUGCAGUACUUGAACAUUGAUGGAAUCCGUACAGUUGGUAGCGUUCUUGGUCAGAGUAUUGCACUUGAUUAUUAUGUUCGCCAGGUUGAUGGGAUGGUUGACGAGUUCACUGGUAUUAAUCGCGAUAUGGAGAAAUCUGGAACCUUCAAAAUGGAAAAAAAGAAAUUGUUUCAAUUAGUGGGAAAGGCCAACUCAAAUCUGGCUGAUGUAAUUCUUAAGCUUGGCCUUUUCGAAAGAUCAGACAUUGCCUGGAAAGAUGCUAAAUAUGCUGAAAUUUGGGAAUAUCUCAGAGAUGAGUUCGAAUUAACUCAAAGAUUUGCUAGUCUUGAUUUUAAACUGAAAUUCGUAGAGCAUAAUAUUCGUUUUCUCCAAGAAAGUCUUCAGAAUAGGAAAUCCGAUUCUUUGGAAUGGCUCAUUAUCGUACUGAUAGCAGUUGAAAUAGUCAUAUCUAUCUAUGAUAUUGUUCAGAAGUCCGUAUUGUAGAAAUCUUCACUGUUUAUGGAUAUAGAUAGCAAGUGAGGCUAAAGUUGGAACAACUUUUGUUUCACACUAGAUUAAGGUUCGCUGCUUAUAGAAAUGUUGAAACUUAAUCAAUAUGCAAUAUGCAUAAAGAUACUCGGUUGUAUAGUCUCUAUUGUUCCCAAGUAUUUUAUGAUGUAUCACCAUCAUACUUACCGUGGUGAUAAUCUGAUGAUAUAAUAAUAGUAAUGCUUCCUGUAUACAAGUUAGUUCUUGUGCCA